CUUCAUAACAUAACAUCUACUCAAACACUAAACGACAAAAAAACAAAACAUCGAAACACAAUAAACAAACAAAACAAAACAUACUUAAUAAAAUACAAAAAGACACAAAAACCACUUAAUCCUUACACUUAAUCCUUGAACACGGUGUCCUUAUCGACAAGAUGGUGAAAAGAAAAUCGGCUGAAUCUAAAGAAGUAUUUCUCAGCGAAUCGGAACAGGCGGAUAAACAAAAAAAGUACUUCAACCGGAUUCAGGACGUAGUCACCACCUGCACUAUAUUUAAAAAUGCUGUUGAGAAUUUCAAGGAACUUGAGGUCGAGCGGGCAAUCAAGGAACGAUGGGAACAAUAUCUUCGAUGUGAUGAGAUACCCAACCCAUCUGAACCCGUCGAGGUGAGAACCUUUCUGGCCAAAAUUCGUCACUUCGAGGAGAUCGAAGCGAACACCUCCCGGGACUGGACUCUGCAGGUCGACGAACGUUCCAUUUUGACUCAGAAUAUCUAUGCCAAAAACUUGACUCGAGAAGUUUUGAGAAAAGCCCUGAGCGACAACCCAGGCUUGUAUUAUGGGGUUAAUAUAAGCAACUGCCUGGAGACCUUGGAUCAAAUAGAUAUUUUUGUGAACAACGAGGAAGAGAUAUUGGCACUUGCUCCCCAAACGCGACAAGAAAUAUUUGAAGUUUAUAAAGAGGUGCAACAGGAAAUUGUUAGCCUUUUCGAUCGUCUUGCCUAUCGAAUAUUGAGAAUGCAACGAGUUUAUAUGAGCUCUACAAAUGGAAUUGUGGGCCAUUGGGGUUACAGUUGCGAUUCGUGGCAGAUGGAUAUUUGGGGUCUUUUCAAUGUUCCUAUCCUUUUUGAGCAAUUACCGGUCCCCGUAAUGUUGGCCGAGUUUCCUUGCUCAGGUGUGGAAGUCCAGGUGCCAAUAUCUGUCCUAGACGAUUGCCUCACCAUCCGAUGUGUCCACACCAGCUUCGACCAUUACUCGCAGAAUGCCCAUAGCGCCCCGGAUUAUGUGGUCGAUAAUGACUACAUGCCCAGUGCAGGCAUCAAGGACAUGGAGGAGUCGCUUAUUAGCGAAUGGUUACUGCAGCAGGACAUUCAAUCGGAAGUAUUGGACGCCAUGAAUCAAAGGUAUCAGGACUAUCAGGAUACAUUGAACCUAAUUGCCGAAAGAACAGAACAGGCUGCCAAGGCCGACAAAUCCGAUGCGGACGGAAGGAAGUCCAAGAUAAUUAUUCCAAAGAUACCGAAACUGGUGAAUCCGGUGCCGCCGGGCAUGCUACCCGACAUUUAUCAGGAGUUCAUCCAUCGCGAAGAGAAACAAUAUAAAAGCUUCCUCGAUGUAGCCUACGAUCCCAAACAUAUUAGCCUAAUGCCGAAAGAUCUUAAUAUGCGAGCGCACAUCAUAGCCGGUGGAAUCUAUUCAUUGAUGGUUGUGCGGCGUCCGGAACAGACAGCCUAUCAGAAUCUCAGUGUUCUCCUCCAUGAGGAUCAACGAAAGAUAAAGAACUUAGCUGACGUGGUGUGUCGGACCGAUUUCAAGGGCCAAUCCAUGAGCCUUCGGGUUUCUGAGUUCGUCAGGGCGGAUCAACGGAACAGCCUAUUCAAGUUGAACGAGAGCGACUUGCCGUACUUCCAUGUGACGAUGAAGCUGCCCCCGGAUCUCUGUAGAUGGGGCACUCCCAAGGUGUGUCAAUUUCUAAGCAGCACCCAUAAAAACAUAACGAGAAGAAAACGAUCUACGGCUCAUCUAAGCUUCUUUGACUUCAAAAGGGUUUCAAGUCGCUGCUCGUAUAUCACUAACAACUCUAACUCGAGAAUGUCCUUGUUGGCCAACGCGUUUGCUCCCCCAUUGAUGUCCAUACUGAGGUUCAGCAAAAUGGCUAUGCCGGUGGAUCGGGUUUUUCGACGAAAGGAUUUUCAUCUGGACAAAAGGCUGAGCAAGAUGGAAGUGAUGAACUUAAAAAAUGCCUGCAUACCCCGCAUAAUAUCGUCCUUCAAGAUGCCCAGGGAUUACCUUGAUGUCCCCAAGGACGCUGAAUCUCAAGCUAAAUCCCAUGCCUUGGUUAAGCGUUUCGAUGUUGCCGAUACCGUGGAGGAGGCCCCUAAGAUGGAUAACUUCGAGUUCGAAGUGCAAGAUGAUCCUGAACGAAUGUUCCCUCACUUUGAAACUCAGUAUAACGAGCUAUUUGAUGAAUCCGAGGUGGAUCAGCUCGAUGGCACUAAAAAGACCGCCAACGGGCUGGUGGCCACUUUCGACUCGAUUAUGCUCCAGUACAUGAGCAGACCCAAUGCCAUUUUGCGUCAGAUCGAUGUUAAUGCCAAAAAAAGCGUAAAAAAAGGUGCUGUAGAAGAACAGCCGAUUUUGGAUGAUUUGUUUAAAAGGAAGUCCUUAAAAAAGUCUGUCACGAGCGAGACUACCAAGCUGGCAAGGAAAUCAGAUGCAGGCAAAAAAGUCAUUUCGCUAAAUGUUCCAUCAAGGCUCAGUAUGAGAACUUCAGAAAUGAGCUUUAAAGCACCAUCGAGGGACAAUCUACAAACGAAAAAGCCACGUGGUUCUAAAAAAAAGUCAAGGGAUACUAGUAAUUUAUCGUUGCCUCAAGGCUACGAUGAUGAUGAGGAUGAAUAUGAAUUUUCUACAGAAACAGUUCAGCAAUGGUCGACUAAGCACAUUAAGGACAUGAAGGUAAAUAUGGAGGACAACACCAUUAGCUUCAAAACCGAUCGCUUGGGUAUCUUUGGAUUUUCUUUUAAGCGAUACGAGCACUUUCCAUUUCGCGAUUGGGUCCUGCAGCCGAACGAGGAAAAUCCCAAUGAGGUCCUGCUGAAAUUGGACACAUUCCAUGUGCGAACCUUCUUUUAUAUCAGUGCCCAGGGAGUGCGUGGCUAUGUCACUGAUCUAUCCAAGGGUUACACGGCCAAACCGGUCAAGUAUCUCGAAAUCAAGGAGCCCAUUUCUGACUUUCGUGUGUUUCGUAAGCUACUCAUUGACAAAAAUCUAAACAUUUUUGCCGCGAACGAUGCCAGCUAUUACAUAGACAAUGGUUACUUUUCCAUUAAACACGUGGCCUGUGAAGAACACACGUAUAAUGUGAUGGCACUCUACUGCAAGAUCAUGAAAUUUUAUCGAUCCAGUUGGAACCGCCUGGCCCUACGCCGAGAUAUCUUAAUCAACAUGAAGUUCGUCAAGGACACCUCCGAUCUCUCGGAUGUGACAGUCCGAAUCUGUCCCGAGGGCGCCACGUUCGUCAAGGUGACGGAAAAGUGCUCCGAUGACGUUGACGUUGUGAAACUCACCUACGAGGAAACGUGGCGAAAUAUUAGUACCUAUGCGGACCUGAAUCACGCCAUUUUAUCGAUGAAUCCCCAUUCAGAGGAUUUAAACAAGGAAAUCAAGCUCUUCGUCAAUAUUAAACGAUUUCUUAGUGAGAUUCGUAUCUUAAGUUACUCGUAGUAUCGAAAUAUUUGUGUAUCCAUUUAAACUCAUAUACUGAUCACACUGACCUAAUAAAGUGAUUUCUAUAAAAA